AUGUUUACGCGGACACGUUCAGCAGUUCGAAGUGACGCACCACCGUCGCGCGCGGCGUCUUACAGUCGACUGAGCUUUCGGGCGCUUUCGUCUUCGUGCGCAUCGAGAGAGGGCGGCCUCGGUGUGCGCCGAACCGCUCCGAGCGUAGACGAACGCGGCCGGGGCCCAGCGGUCGACCUGUCACGCCACCUGCCAGCCGCCGGAGCCAACUGUUGCGCGACCGUUGAUUUUCGUCACCCCCCUUACACGAUAAAAAUUAGCACGGGCACCAGCGACCUCCGAUUAACGGAGGCAAGCAUUCGGAGCUCAGAAGAGCACACGGCGGUAAACAAGCAA